GGGACACAGAUUUAAGGGGAAAAAGGAAAAUAACACUCUCCCGUUUUGUAGCAGCAGCAGCUUUCUUCGCCACGGUCCCUUUCCCUUUUCCUGUUUUUUUUCCCCCUCCCCAUGCAGGGAGACUUCUGGGGCUUUUCCAGAUCUCCUCCAUCCCACCCCCAGUCUUGUCUCCUUUGCAGCUUAAUUACAACCAUAUGGAGCCAGAAAUAACUUCCAUUUAUCGUAAAGGGAUUUCCUCCCAAACGAAUGGAUUUAGAAUUGCAGCCAUUGCUUCUCCUUAUUAGCUUGCAUCCAUCGUCGGUCACUUUUUCCUGGCAAACCGUGUCCUCCAGUCUCCCCCAUUCUUUCAUCUUUCUCCCUUUUCUCACCAAUCUCUUGCCUCAUCCUCCAGUCCCCUUUCUCUCUCCAUCCUUCUCCUCCCCCCCCCCCCCCACACACUCACACAGUUUAAAGAUCCCUCCCCUUCCAAUCCGACAUCUUCCUUUCUCUCCUCCUUUCUCAUCUCUGGACCCCUCAGCCCAGACCCCUCCUCCUCCAGCUGUGCAGUUGCUCCGUCAUCCUUUGUGUCUGAUGGAGAGCAGAGGUGCCUGUCCGUGCCACGGUAUUGGACGAGGUUUCCCUUUCAUCCUUGUUUUUGGGCAUCCCCUCAAAAUGUUUCUUCGGGUAAGCAGCAGAUACAGCCUCAGAACACAUGAGGGGUGCUUUCUGUGAUAGUCACUGAGGACGAAGGAUUUUGGCAACAUUGGUUCUGGAACCUUUAUGAAGUGUGUAACAUUAAAACAUGGCAGAAAAUAAAGAAAGGAAGCCUAAAAACACAGAUGUGAGACCUAAAAUCUGUCGGAGUAGGAGUGCAGACAGAAAGGACGGAUAUGUAUGGAGUGGAAAGAAGCUUUCCUGGACAAAAAAGAAUGAGAACAGUUCUAAUGCUGAAAUGGCAAGCACUUCAGGAAAACCUACAUUAAGUCUAAGGAAUCAGGAGAGGAAACACAGCUGCUCCUCAGCUGAAAUGGAAUUGGAACAUGCAUGUGGUCACAGGUUCUUAGGCCGUUCUUUUAAACAGAAACUGCAGGAUGCAAUGGGACAAUGUUUCCCCAUAAAGAGUUGUACCACUCGGCAUUCUUCAGGGCUUUCCUCAAAGAGAAAAAUACAUAUCAGUGAGCUUAUGCUGGACAAGUGCCCUUUUCCACCACGAUCUGAGCUAGCAUUUCGAUGGCAUUUAAUCAAGCGGCACACUGCCCCUAUAAAACAAAAAUCUGAAAGUUGGCUAAGUACGGGCUCAUCAAAAGGUGAAGGGAAAGAUGAAGAACUGAGGGAGAUUGAGACUGCAGAUGAACAAGACUCUGCUGUUUUGCAGGCAAGUAGUGUUAUUGAUAAUGCUUCCUGUCCAUGUGAUCCUCGAGAUGAAUCUGCCACAGGUAAGCAGCUAAAGAGCAGCAGAGAGGAAAGUGACAUGGACUCUGAUGAUGAAGUGGUGACACUUUGCACUAGCUCUAGGAAGAGAAACAAGCCACGGUGGGAAACAGAUGAUGAACUGCUUCAGCUGCAGAUGCCUCUCAGAUAUCACACUCAGAUUGAUUACGUUCAUUGUCUUGUCCCUGACCUCCUUCAGAUCAAUAAUAACCCAUGCUACUGGGGAGUGAUGGAUAAAUAUGCUGCAGAAGCACUUUUAGAUGGAAAGCCAGAGGGGACUUUUUUGUUACGUGAUUCUGCCCAGGAGGAUUACUUAUUUUCUGUUAGUUUUAGGCGUUACAGUCGUUCCCUUCAUGCCAGGAUUGAACAGUGGAAUCACAACUUCAGUUUUGAUGCUCAUGAUCCAUGUGUCUUCCAUUCUCCUGACAUUACUGGACUCUUAGAACAUUAUAAAGAUCCAAGCUCUUGUAUGUUCUUUGAGCCACUUCUCUCUACUCCCUUAAACAGAACUUUCCCUUUUUCCCUUCAACAUCUAUGCAGGACAGUUAUUUGUAACUCUACAACUUACGAUGGCAUAAAUGCCCUUCCUAUUCCUCCAUCUGUAAAGUUGUAUUUGAAAGAAUAUCAUUAUAAAUCAAAAGUAAGAGUCCUCAGGAUUGAUGUACCAGAUCAACAUGCCUAGAAAACAUUCUGGAAGUUGUUCUAGUUAUUUAUAAUUAUUCCGAUGGACUUUGUUUUUAUUUCUCUCUCUUAUCAACAAAAUGUUCAUGCAAAAAUAUCUAUAGACCAAAUUUAACUUUACCUGAGCCUUACAUCCCAAUAUAUUUUUAUUUCCUGCCCCAAUGAACAGGUUUCUGUAAAAACACAAAAUUGGUACUAACAUUCUAUAAAGUUUUGUGGAAUUUCAAGGAAGCUAUUUUAAAGUUUUCACUUGAGCUUAACUUUUCAGAUAUAAAGCUAAGUCAAGGUUCAGAUUUGACUUGCCUUUUAUAAGCUAAUUUAUAUGCAGUACAGGCAUGUUUGAAACACUGAAUACAGUAGUUCUCCAAGAAUUGCCAGUUUGUAGUUUAUUUUUUUUAAUUAUUAUUUUGUCCUUGCUAUAAAAGUAAAAUUAAUAAGAUUAUCGUGCUCCUACUAAUCUUUGGGUGCUUAUUGUUUUAAAUUUUAUAUAUGUUGUUUAUGUUUUGAGAUUUAAUGGCACUGCCGUAUGCUAUUUGUCAGAACAUGAUUUGAUUUAUCAUUUUUAAUAAAUGUUGAACAUAUAUAAUUUUCUGGACAUCUACUAAGAAUCCUGAAACUAUUGCAGAUCAUCUUAAAGGAUUUUGAUAUGAAGUUAG